ACUUCCAACACCAUAUUUAUUGGCCAUAAAUUAUGUUUUAUAGUUCCAGAACGCUUGCCUAAAGCUAGAUAGGCUAAAUGUUGCCACAUUAUUUAGGGUAGGUGUAUCAAUUACUACCACUACUAUCAUAACUACUACUGCAAAAUGUCAAGGUAACUAACAAUACAGAGACAACACACUUGCCCCUUCCCGCCCCCACCUCCUUUUCCCUUCAUCAAUUUUUGAGCUGUCAUGGCCAGUUUUAUUGGUAGAUCUUUCUAAAAGGAAAAUGGAACAAACGUCAGUAACUAAUAAGAGAAACAGCUCGCGGUAACAAUAGCUCUAUAUUUGAUGUUAUAUAUGCACAUGUGUAUAUAUGUAUCUGCCACGAUGCGUUCUGCAGCGCCACCGUAAACACGGUCAGCGUCAUAAGUAGCAGUGGUGGAAUAAGUUUUUAAUAGUAAAAGUAGCACAAGUGUUCCGGAUCUUGUACCUUCCUGGCUACUGCCUGUCCUGCAUUGCUGAUGUGGCAAAAGCUAACAGGGUCUGUCUAAUAUUUCAUGGGUUUUGUCCACUUUUCCACUGUUGAAAUGCAUCAAGUGCGUUGACCAUCAUCUUCACAAGUCCGCCACUCGCCUGCCUUUUUGGCAAUCCGGCUGGCAGUGCGCCUCCUUCUUCUUUUCUCGGUUGUUUGUUGUGUCACGCAACACCAACUGUAGAAGCAACUGCAUCGUUGUUGAAAACGUUAUGAUCAUUACACGUCGAAUGCUGGCUGUUGACUGGUUCUGGCCGUCUAUUUGUGCGUGGUGAUUGCUGUGAGUGUGUCUGGGUGUAUGUGUGCCAACAGAUAUGUAUUAUAGAUGGAUACUACGGGACCAACCAACAACAAUACAAUGGCGGGUGCUGCUGCUGCUGCUGCUGCUGCGACUAUGAUUGCAAGUACCGAUAAGGUUUUCGGCUUCCUGCCCGCCUGUCAUUUUGGCACUCGGUUGCAGCAUUUUCGUUGCGUCUGCAUUCGCUUUUGCAACAAUUGGAUGUCGUGGCAACCCUGUAACACUUGCUACAUCACUAUGCGCAGGCAAGGUUUCCGCGGAUCGUUCUUGUUUAUCAUCAGCACAAUACACCUCUCCUUCCGCUUUAACGUCAUGGUCCUCAUUUCUCUGUCUCGCUUUUUCUUCUAUAUCCAUCUUUACCCCCCUCACCCGAUCUUCCGCUCCGUUAACUUUGUUGUUUUCGCCGCUGCACUUCGUCGAUCGCUCGGACUUGACUGGGCCUUAAUGAACAGGGACUUUUCCACGGCAAAGACCAUUGCUAGGAUGUAAUACGAAGACGGCUUCAGUAGGGCUUUUUAGUCAGCUAGCCUUGUUGGUUCGCGAUCUGACUAUUAGUAGCAAAUAUCACUAAGGUGCCCUAAGCUGUUCGGACUUGAUAGCCCUUUGCAGAUGCUGGAUAAAAAAAGGAUCAGGUUCGUCUCGUAAAGAAAGAGCGACCAGCUACGCAGAUGAUCGAACGACUGUUCAAAAACUUACGUACAGCACCUUAGAAUUCAAAUAUGGACUAUUUCUUCAAGUAGUAACAGUCCAACACUCGUACAGUUAGGAGUGCUAAUAGCGCUAUUCGACAAAUCAUUUCACCGUUACGUCCAAAUCUGCUGAGCCGCUGCCUACUGCAGCUAAAUAGAACUCGGCGGGGCAUAAGUGAGUUUUGGUACGCCCGUCUGCCGAUGACGACAACACCAGCGGACGCGGCAUCGCCACAGCUAUCGGCCGAUAUAGCCGCGUACAGCAGUAAAAAGCACGAAAAGUCAAGAGAAGGAAAAGUAGGCCUUUUGCAAAUCUCUACAGGCAUUUCUUGCCGCACAAAAUAACUUGCUAUUGCAGUAACAUGUACUAGCUACAACAAAGGAAAGCAUUCUUGGAGUUCUAUGUCCGCUACUGCGUUCUUCUUAAGCAUUGCUUCAGACACUUAGGUCUCUAUGCGCAUGUGAAGCGUGUCUAUGCGCCGUUUCGCACGUUGACCACCGUGUACUCUUAAUAGACGCGUUACCAUUACACUGUCAAGGGAACAGGUUUGCUAUUAGAAAAAAAAAAUAAAUGUUACGAACUUUACGUCGGAUACCGUCGUUAAUUAUUGCUCCAAACGGCUGAGACCCAGUCCGAAGCAAAGCCAUAUUGGCACCUGCUUCCGAACCUAGACCGCCAUGUGUCCUUAUGCUUACGAGGUUGGCUAUUACUGCAGUUAUUGCCACAACCAGUAGCAGUAUGUUAUGGCGCAGCUAAGAGAAGGUUCUCUGGCCCGGUUCAUGAGUGCGUAUAGUGAAGAGUUGGAUUCGGAGUUUGCUGUUGGGGGCAGUCCGUGUGGUCGUCGUCGCCGUGCAUUUCUAGUAGUUGUGUCUGCGUAAGCCAGUGUUUACUCGUGCACAAGCGUUUAUCAAUCUUCUAUAUCUGUGCAUAUAGUGUUUCAUUGAUGCUGCGGUUAUUGUUUAAAGCUUAGCUCCAAGGCUCCGUUCACCGGUAGGUGUCCGUUCAGUUCUCUUCUAGUUUUUGUAAGCGCCGUUGUAUAUUCUGUUAAAUCUACGUGUUAACAAAUUCUCAUGAUGGCCGGGAUACUGUGCAAUUACUGAGUGACUGUAGAGAAAAACACGCAUGAAAAGACCUCGAAAGCACGCAGAAAAACUAAAACACAACACCAGGAGGACAUUCUAUUCUGUUGUUGUUGUUAUUGUUGUUGUUGUUGUUGUUGUGAUGAGUUUAUGUGGCUCUGUUAGUGGUCGAGUCAGUGCAAUAGUGAGGCAGAUAAGGAACGCGUCAAACAGUGUUUGGAGUAAUAAAUUUCGGCGACCUAACUAUUACCACGACAGGGUGGAUGUUUGGUGGGUCAACACCUGUAAGUGCAAAAUAUGGAAGCCUAUUUAUGCGUGAGAUAGGCUAUCGCCUAGGGGGAUAUCUCGCAAGGAUACGACAAGGAAGGCAGGUCUAAUCAGACGAGCAAUUAAGCGACCUGCGUCUGAAAAGUGCAGCGGAGGAGCGUGGCAGCAGCACGCAGGUGCGACUGUACAGAAGAAAAGCUGCGGAGGUGCAACUGAGCUUGAGAGAAUCUCCUAUGAGGACGGAUCCUCCGCCGUGGACUACAACACUUACCGUGGGCCAAAUUCAGGAGGGUCAGCUUCUGGAGCGGCCUUUUUAGCAGACAGCGUCGAAAUCGAGACGCCACGAUGUCGUCUGCAGGGGGUUAUCACCAUAGCCAGUACUAUCAUGGCCGCAGUCCCAUCACUGCGAGGAACCGCAGCUUCGUGGUGCAUGACGAUCAACGUAUGUCUCGCCUCUAUGGGGUGUCGGGCAUGGGCGGACGGAAUCUGGCGCGAGAUAAGGAUGGGCCUGGUAACAACAAGCUGGACAAUCAGGCGGGUGGUAACAAAUUCGACUCGGGAGGCGUCUCGCUUCCGCGACGAAACCACACGUUUAUGCAGGCGGACGAUUUACAAUCAGGCAAAAAAAGCAAAUGGACCGAACUGGAAAUUAAGGGCUUUGUUCGAAAUAUCUCACCAUCCCUCUGGCAAUUCACCCAUCUUACAGCACUUUAUCUCAACGAUAAUGGACUUCAGAGACUGCCUGUAGACAUUUGUCGUCUGGUCCACCUCGCCGUUCUCGAUGUCUCCACGAACAAGCUUCGUUCGUUGCCCAAUGAGCUAGGUGACCUCGUGCAAUUGCGCGAAUUGCUACUUAAUAACAAUCUACUGCACAGCUUGCCCUAUGAACUAGGCCGACUAUUCCAGCUUAUUACACUGGGGCUAAAGGGAAAUCCGCUGUCACCGGACAUUCUUUCGCUGUAUUCGGAGCCGAACGGAACGCAGAAGCUACUGACGUACCUCCUUGAUAGUCUUCCUGCGUCGCAAAGUGGCGCUCCAACACGACAUUGGCUUAGAAAGACCGUUGACCCGCCGCAGGGAAAGUCGGUAUUCACCCAACUGACCGUCAUGUGUUACAACGUGCUGUGUGAUAAGUACGCUACGCGGACGAUGUAUGGUUACUGUCCAUCGUGGGCCCUCACCUGGGAAUAUCGCCGAAAGGGCAUCAUGGAGGAGAUUCGAAGCAAUUCGGCUGAUAUCAUCACGUUACAGGAGGUUGAGACCGAACAAUUCUACAACUAUUUUGAGCCGGAGCUGAAGCAUGAAGGAUGGGAGGGCAUUUUCUCACCGAAGUCGCGCGCUAAGUCGAUGCCGGAGACGGAUCGCAAGCACGUCGAUGGUUGUGCCAUAUUUUAUAAGACAUCCAAGUUCAGUGUACUCGAUAAACACCUGAUCGAGUUCAACCAGUUAGCAAUGGCCAACGCAGAAGGCUCAGACGAUAUGCUCAAUCGUGUUAUGACGAAGGACAACAUUUCGUUGGCUGUUCUGCUGCAGCUCAAGGAACAUCCCGAUGUGCCUGUGCUUGUGUGUACUGCUCACAUCCAUUGGGAUCCGGAGUACUGUGACGUCAAGCUCAUUCAGACGAUGAUGCUGAUGAACGAGUUGCAGACGAUUCACGAGAAGAGCAAGGCACUUGCUAAGACCACUGAUAUACCGAUUAUCCUUACGGGGGAUCUCAAUUCACUGCCAGAUUCUGGUGUCAUUGAGUACCUGCGAAACGGUCGCAUUGCUUGUGACCACCCGGACUUUAAGGAACUGAACUCAUACCGGUCCUGUUUGAAAAAAAUGACCGUAGACAGUAACAGUCAGCUUGGGGCGAAUUCCUAUACGCAUCCGUUCCAGCUCGAACAAGGCUACACUGAGAAUGACAUGCCCUACACGAAUUACACGUACGAUUUUCAGGGAAUGAUUGACUACAUUUUCUUCACGAAGAAGCAGAUUACCGUUGCAGGUAUCCUCGGCCCACUCGACCCCGAAUGGCUCGCUGAAAACAAGGUGAUUGGGUGCCCGCAUCAGGAGAUCCCAUCUGACCACAUCCCGCUCGUAGCGCAACUGCAGCUCUUCAAGUAGACUAUACAUCCUUUUAGAAAUUAUCCGAAAACAACAAACAAUAACAAGGGAAUGUAACGGACAACUACGUGAUGAAGCAUUCGAUCCGAGAUCAUCUAACGUGAACAUGUGACAGCCAUUAAAGGAACUGCGAUCGACGGUGUCUGCCACUCAUGGGCAGCGCGUUACAGUAGCCAAUGUAUUGCUUGGUGGAAAACAGUCUGCGUGCAUCUACCCUGUUGAUACGGAUUCGCUUUUACACAGCAUAUCACGUCACGCUUUAUAGCCGACACAAGCCGAUCGUCGUGAAGUUACCGCGACCCUCCAUUUAUUCAUCCAUUGAUCCAUCCAUCGUACUGCAGACCGUGUGAGGCAUGAAAUGACCAUCAGGGAAGAAAAUGUGUUUGCGCAAAUGUUUAGCAUGAGUACGGGAAUUCUAUUACUUUACCCGUUGCUAAUAAUUCUGAUGGUGUUACUACUGAGUGGCGAGCAUCAUCAAAUCAUGGAAUGGUAUGUUCUGUAGGUGUGGUGCAAGUGGCGCUCUACUCAAAAGAGAAUUGAUUUGUAACAGAACCUUUGACCUGUUAAAUUUGGCGAGACGAGCUUAUGGAUUGAAGAUGACGAAAAAAUGCGAAGAUCAGAAGUUAACACGUGUAAGAACUUUUUGAUGAGUGGCGGGAUAUUGGCAUAGUGCGAACAUCCAGUAAGUGUCAUGAUGGCGAUGCAGACCAGUUAGAGCCGAGCGGCGGCGGCGGCGGCGGCGGCGGCGGCGGCAGCGGCAGCGGCGGCGGCGGCGGCAGCGGCGGCUGUGUGUGAAGCUUCUAUGAAGCACACAAAUAGAAAUACGCAAACGAUUGCGGCGAGGAGAGCAGAUGAAAGCAAGAAGGAAAAGAUAAUGGGCUACUCGCGUUCUUUAUAUCAUCUGUGUUAGCGACCGACGAAUUGUGGGAAUUAUCACCUAACAAAUAACUAAUUAACACUUAUACAACCUAUCAUCAAUUACUACGACUGCUAUUACAGAGGCUAUUAGGGGUAAACAUAACAUAACACUUAAUCUAAUGCACAAAAAAGUCCCCUUUCUAAGUAAGAAGAAGUCAUGAGGAUCAAGAAGAGCCGCCAACAACAACAACAACAACAACAACAACAUCAGAAUAAGCUGAAGCGAAUUAAGUGAAAUAUGACGAACACAAAUUUGUCGGUUGCUCCCCAUACUAACUGAAGCGCGAUUUAAUUUAAUUUAAUUCAAAAUUGAUUGUUGUAUAUUAUUAUCUCUUUGUGUUUAUAUGCGUUAAUGCGCAUUUCCAUGUACGCGAUUCUGCGGCAGCCAUCAGAAUGAUGCUACUCUUUUGGUUGGAAAUGACUUGGUACGUUUGUCAGUUAUUGUAAGUUUUUUGUUUUUGUUUUUUUUUUUUCAAUUUCCUUUACUACGUAUUCCUCGAAAUUUGUUCUUGUACCUUCCUGGAACGAUGCACUUGGACUCAUCAAAACGACCAGCUAAAAUGUGACUGACACUAAUGACUUAGGUAGUAGUACAAUAUAUUGUUGUAUUAUUGUGAUUAUUACUAGUGUGCGUUUUAGUGAUGAGUCGAGUGAUCGAAUCGAUAGGAAAAUCUAGAACGAACGCCGAAAACGAUCCUGAGAUUCACCAUUACAUUAGAGAUACUAAAAAAAUCAACAAAAGUGCGUGAAUUUUAAAAAAUACUUUUACGUGACGGUGUAACAGGUCUCAUAGUGAUAGCGGAGUGUGAAAAAUGUAAAAUAAGGCUAAAAUGACGAUUUGUACAUCAUAAGGAAAAAUAUUCGUGCUGUCAAAGACAUGUACCGGGAAGUUUUGGACAUUAAGGAAAACACAGCCUAUGUGGAGCUAUAAAAGAGACUGCCCUUCAUUUUAUCCCCCAUCCCAUGGUCGUGACCGCGACUAUAUCCAAUUUUAGCCACCAUCUUUUAGCAUGGCAGACGAGCAUUGAAGGAAUGUUCAGGACUAGCCACGUUCGUCCGACAACAAAAGGCUAACGGCAGCAGAAAUAGGCUUUAAAGGCCAUAAAGGCUUUGAAUAAUGUAACAGUGGCCUUGAAUCAAGGAUCUCUAUUUAAUCGAGUUGCUACAAAGACGAACUACUUGUUGAGUAGUCACUCACUGCGAUUAUGAAGCGCGCUUCGCCAGAAAAACACGGCGUACGUUAUUGACUAUUGACACAUCGCAAUUCCCUAUGCCGUAAUACCAAUAUUAUGUUAGCUCUAUUCUCGAAUGCUUUUCGUUUUCUUUGUUUUUAUAAUCCCGUCGAGACGACUUUUCGAGUACGUAAAGCGAGUGACAUGGAGGUAGGUGUUGGGCGAGACUAGCGUCCGCAGUUGCGCCUGUUGAGAGAGCAGAGCAGAGAGAAACUAGCGAGAAAGGAGUUGGAAUAGAGGAGUGUGUAUGUCUAUGUAGCAUUUUCAACGUUGUUGUGCCCCAUUAUUUAUCAACUAUCACCGAAGCAUGUACUCUCUUCCUUUGUUUCGGAAAAAAAGGAAAGUUGACGUUAGAAAGCGCGCGCGUGUCUGUCUGUCUGUCUGUCUGUCUGUCUGUGAGGCGGGGUGGGGGAGGGUAUAUGUUGUUGUAUAUUAUUACAUAUGCAGUCGUACCCUAACGUCGCUUAAUCGUUCGCCGUGUUCACCCCAGCGAUGUUAUACUAAGCGGUACAUCUCGUAUAGUAAUGUAAUUUUGUAUCUAUAAAAAAUGAAACAAUGACCGCGUCUUGAUCUGUAUGUGAGGCGCCGACGCUCACAAAAAUCGAUAUUGUACCUUCUUUCGGUGAGCUCGAUUUGGUAUCGAACUGGUAUUGAAAAAAGACCGAGAUUGCGCUUUAUUUCCUGAUGAAAGCAUCGCAGGAGAACGUACGUGGUGGCUUAAAAUACCGAUAGCAAAAAUGUCGUACAUAUAGAUAAUAAUACAUGUAUGUGUUAUUAUAAGCAUAAGGUAAAGUGAAGUACGCGUCAAAAUUACAAUUCGAGAGAUGUUUAGCGGCAUAUUAUAACAAAAUUAUUUCUAUAAUACGAAAUAUACACACGGUAGUAUAAUUGGCGUAUUGAAACAAUUCAUUUUGGCCUGAAUUUCGCUUCCAUAUAGCGUAGAAGUCCCGCAGUACCGCGAGAUGAUCUCGAGUUGUAUGACACUUUUGUCUUCGGUUAUACCAUAACAGUGUACCUUUCUUACCAUUUAUUAUUAAAUAGCUAAUGAGCGCAGUUAAAAAGAUGGGUCAUAGUAUGAGAAUCUUAGGUUUUUUCCUAGGCAAGAAUGUACGUGACUUAUUUGCUUAUAUACAUACGAAACAUUGUUAGUUUUUGUCGUCUAGAACAUAUUCUGUACCGUACUAUUUGUGUCAAAUAGGAUCUCUAUCACCAUACCGCGUGAGCUCUCCCUCCAUAGGAUUAUUUUAAAUAUCAAUGAAAAACCUCACUGAACAAAUUCCAUUUGCUCUCAUCUUGCUACACUUCAAAGCCUGAUUUAAAUUAACGUCCAUGCAGUCUUUGUUGCCACACGUAAAAGAUUUAUCAGCCAAAUAGUGUGAUAUAACUGUGUAGAUAAUCUACUAAUAUUGUCGGCCUGCCGAAAAUCAGCCUUUUUUCUGAAACUUUAUUUUUCUAAAAUUCGAGUCCAGUUAACCAAUAGGUUUGAUUGGAUUAUUGAGUAAUAAUUAUCCACUUUAGAUAUGCGCGAAAAACUUGUAGAAUACCCUCUUUUUUUUUUUUAGCUGUCUGUAAGCUUUGGUACUUUUCUAUUUUAAUCUCUGUUCACUUACGUUAGUAUUUACCUGUAUACAAUGCUUUUAUGUUAUCAUUGAAAUAAGCCCUUGUGUGUAACAAUUACGUUUCCCAAUUGCUUCUCUCAUAUUUAAACAGAUGACUAUACGUGAUCAUAAUCAAAAACGAGUAGUGGCAGUAAAUAAGACGCGACAGAACAAAAGUGGCUUUCUUAUACGCUAAAACUAACAUAUAGAUGCUCGCCUAAUGUCCCUUAUUUGUGUGAACGAGACAGAAAAUUGACCUCUUGAAUAUAUAUAUACAUAUAUAUAUAUAUAUAUAUAUUCAAGAGGUCAAUAAUAUAGAAAUAGUAUCAAAGAAGGAGUGACGUAAUCCUGGCCACAUCUUAUUUUGCAUCGAAAUUUAUUAGCAUGUGUGUACCAUCCAUUCGUAUACAAAGAAAAGUAGUUCAAAAGGCAAGAGUGGGGAACUGUAACUAGCUAACUGUCUCUGCUCCUUUACGGGUUGUACUUGAAAUCUGUAGCGCUAAGUUAAUAACAAUAAUUGAGCUCAGGUUACCACUAACUGCACUUCCUGUAAUGGUCUCUGGGUGGCAUUGAUCGGGUCAGACAUAAGAAACCAAAAUGAUAUAUAAUGAAAAAAGUCUGAUCCACCUGACGUUGGGAAACGAGAACAGUUCUUAUUGUUAACUAAGAUCCGACAAAAUAAGGACAUCAAUUUUUGCCCGCGUUCUCGAC